UAACGAUGGAUUCCUUGUUGAUUUUGGCUUUGCUUUGUGGAUUGGCAGCUGCCACAUACCCUCCUUAUACAAGUGGUGGAUACCAAAAUUACCGAUCGUAUGUCCCCAGCACUUACAACACUUUCAACACGGGAUAUUAUCCAUCUUAUAACACCUUCAGCUCAAGAUACUUUCCAUCGUCUUCAUUAUACAACACUGCAUCCUAUCCCACUGUGGUCAGCCAUUAUUUGUAUUUCCCCGGCGGAAACCCAUGGGAACCAGGCAGGAAUUACAUCGAUUUGAGAGCUAGCCCCUAUCCAUAUUACCUUAGAUAUUAUGGUUUAAACCGUGGGGGUUUCGGUAGGGGAUUUGGUUCUGGCUCCUUGGGUGGUUUCCCAUUUGGGGGAUUUUCCACCGGAUCAGGCUCUUUCCCAUACGGAGGAUUUUCCACUGGAUCAGGCUACUUACCAACUGGUGGAUUAUUCACCGGCUCAGGGUCUUUCCCCACUGGUGGCUUCUCCACUGGAUUAGGAGGGUCCUUUACUAAUGGAUUGAGAGGAGGUUCCUUCCCUGGAGGUUUUAACUCUGGGUUGCUUGGUGGAUUUCCGUCAACUUCCGGUUUCGGAUCCAGAGGUUAUUAUGAUCCCAGCUUCUCUACAUUCUCUGGAAGCUUGGGCGCAGGAAAUCUGGGAUUGACCGGAACUGGAGGAUAUUUCCCCGGUGGAAACGUUGGCGGUUAUGGCUACAGAAAAAAAAGAGUAUAUUAAGGAGGACGAAUGAGGACGGGCGACCUAAAGAUUGUUUCUUGUACUUUUAUACCUGUAGAAUAGAUUACUGCAAAUUGCCA